AGCUCCAGUCAUGAUUUUCUUCCUGCUGUUUUCAGCACUCUGCACCAUUCCCUUCACGCUCAGUGAGGUAUCCUUUGGGAGUGAAACUCCCACAACUGCUGUUCCCUCGAGUGAUACUCCCACAAUGGCUCUUCCCUCAAGCAAUACUACAAUAACCGCUGUUUCCUCAGUGUGCCAGAAUGGGUGGUCCCAGUUUGAAUCUCGUUGUUUCAGGGUCUUCACCUCAACAACAAACUGGGCAGCUGCUGAGCAAAACUGUGUGGCUAUGGGAGGACACCUUGCAUCUGUGCACAGCAGUGAAGAGUACGCCUUCAUGUUAAAUUUACUGCUGAGUGUUGUAAAUAGUGCAGCAUGGAUAGGUGGCACUGAUGCUGCACAGGAGGGAGUGUGGGUGUGGACAGAUGGGUCAGCAUUUAAUUACACUUACUGGGAAAGUGGGCAGCCUGACAAUUUCAUAAAUGUUGAGAACUGUAUGAUGAUGAAUUGGGGAGCUGUGAAUUUCAGGUCCUGGAAUGAUGCCCGGUGUCAAGAGAAUUUUCCAUCAGUUUGUGCCCAAACUUACAAUAGUAAUACAACCAUGACAACUGUUCCCUCCACUACUGUUUCCCCUACUACUGUUCCCUUACCAGUGAUAAAUGGAACUUCUCAUCCAUCUUCACCAGAGGUAUCCUUUACAUCAACUACUGUUCCCUCGAGUGAUACUUCCACCACUGCUGUUCCCCCAAGCAAUACUACUACAACUGCUGUACCCUUAGUGUGCCAGAAUGGGUGGUCCCGGUUUGGAUCUCGCUGUUUCAGGGUCUUCACAUCAUCAACAACCUGGACAGCUUCUGAGCAAAACUGUGUGGCUAUGGGAGGACACCUUGCAUCUGUGCACAGCAGUGAAGAGUACACCUUCAUUCUAAACCUACUGAUCAGUGUUACAAACAAUGCAGCAUGGAUAGGUGGCACUGAUGCUGCACAGGAGGGAGUGUGGGUGUGGACAGAUGGGUCAGCAUUUAAUUACAGUAACUGGUAUUCUUUGCAGCCUGACAAUUACCUGAAUGUCGAGAACUGUAUUCUAAUAAAUUGGGGAGGGGGAUGGAAUGAUGGAGCCUGUUAUGGUUAUUAUCCAUCUGUUUGUGCCCAAACAUUAUACAAAAGUAAUACAACCACGACAACUGUUCCCUCCACUACUGUUUCCUCUACUUCUGUUCCCGUAUCAGUGAUUAACGGAACUUCUCAUCCAUCUUCACCAGAGAAUGUGAUGGUCAUGCGCCUCAAAGUGAAUUCAAUGAAAGACUUGUUGGCAGCUAACAACUCACAGAUACUCCUCCAACAGAUCAAAGGGAUGCUGACUGACGGAGGAAUUCCCAAUAAUGCCACACUUCAUUUGAGAUCCAUUAACAGGAAGUUGCCCUAGAAGUUGGAGGGUUUGGAAACAUUAAAUAACAUGUUGCCUAUUAAAUAUAUAAUGAAUUGGAUGUACUGUUCUUCCUGGAAUAUAUACUGUAAUCUACUUUUCUGUCAAGUAAUUAAACAAACCUCUGAAUUAAACUAAAGAAAAAAGCACAUUAGUGACAUUUACAAGCAGUGAACUGUGAAUGCUACAACACUCCUGGCCAUAAGGACAUAUUACAGUGUAUUCAAAAAGAGUUUUUGGGCCAUACAUCUUCAGAUAUUCUUGCUUACUUAUUGUACCUGUUUUUUUUAACUCUUCAUGAUUCUUUCAUGGGUCAUUUUCUGAUUUUCAAAGCACUAAUGAGCAUACAGUAGCUUUGCAGUUAUUAAAGUAUCUAUACCCUUUGAACUUUUUCACAUUUUGUCACUAUACAACCACAAAUUUAAAUGUAUUUUAGUGAGAUUUUAACUGGAACAAAAAUGAUACAUGGUUUUCAUCUUAUAAAAAUCUGUAAUGUAUGACAUGCAAAAAUGUUCAGCCCCUUUCAUCCCUAAAUAAAAUCCAGUGCAAUCUA